GCGCUGAAACUAUCGAUCAGCGAACUAACAUUUAAAAUUUGCCAUAUAUAAAUAUUGUAAAAAAAAUAAUGCCGCAAACUGAAUGCGCACCUUGCACACUUAACACACAAAACAUGAGCGGACAAGCGGACAUUGCACUCAUCGGCCUGGCCGUCAUGGGCCAAAACCUGAUCCUCAACAUGGACGAGAAGGGAUUCGUGGUGUGCGCCUACAACCGCACAGUGGCCAAGGUCAAAGACUUCCUCGCCAACGAGGCCAAAGGCACUAACGUGAUUGGCGCCGAUUCCCUGAAGGACAUGGUGGCUAAGCUGAAAACCCCCCGCAAGGUCAUGCUGUUGGUCAAGGCUGGCAGUGCGGUCGACGACUUCAUCCAACAGCUGGUGCCGCUGCUCUCCGCCGGCGAUGUGAUCAUCGAUGGCGGUAACUCCGAGUACCAGGACACAUCCCGCCGCUGCGAUGAGCUGGCCAAGCUGGGCCUGCUCUACGUGGGAUCCGGGGUGAGUGGUGGCGAGGAGGGUGCCCGCCACGGACCCUCGCUGAUGCCCGGUGGCCACGAGGCCGCCUGGCCCCUCAUCCGGCCCAUCUUCCAGGCGAUCUGCGCCAAGGCCGACGGCGAACCCUGCUGCGAGUGGGUGGGCGACGGAGGAGCGGGCCACUUCGUCAAGAUGGUGCACAACGGCAUCGAGUACGGUGACAUGCAGCUCAUCUGCGAGGCCUACCACAUCAUGCAGAGCCUAGGCCUCUCGGCUGACCAGAUGGCCGACGAGUUCGGCAAGUGGAACUCUGCCGAGCUGGACUCCUUCCUCAUCGAGAUCACGCGCGACAUCCUCAAGUACAAGGACGCCAAGGGGCAUCUGCUGGAGCGGAUUCGCGACACCGCCGGCCAGAAGGGUACGGGCAAGUGGACGGCCAUUGCUGCUCUCCAGUACGGUGUGCCGGUGACGCUAAUUGGCGAGGCCGUCUUCUCUCGGUGCCUGUCCGCCCUGAAGGACGAGCGCGUCCAGGCCAGCCAGUCGCUGAAGGGACCCUCGACCAAGGCGCAGGUGGCCAACCUGACCAAGUUCUUGGACGACAUCAAGCACGCCCUCUACUGCGCCAAGAUCGUGUCCUACGCUCAGGGAUUCAUGCUGAUGCGAGAGGCGGCCAGCGAGAACAAGUGGCGGCUCAACUACGGCGGCAUUGCGCUGAUGUGGCGCGGUGGCUGCAUCAUUCGCAGCGUCUUCUUGGGCAACAUCAAGGAUGCGUACACGUCGCAGCCGCAGCUGUCGAACCUGCUGCUGGAUGACUUCUUCAAGAAGGCCAUCGAACGCGGCCAGGACUCGUGGCGCGAGGUGGUCGCGAACGCCUUCCGCUGGGGCAUCCCCGUGCCGGCCCUGUCCACCGCCCUCAGCUUCUACGACGGCUAUCGGACGGCCAAGCUGCCCGCCAACCUGCUGCAGGCCCAGCGCGACUAUUUCGGAGCCCACACCUACGAGCUGCUCGGCCAGGAGGGCAAGUUCCACCACACCAACUGGACGGGCACUGGCGGCAACGUGUCCGCCAGCACCUACCAGGCGUAGGUCGCUCCAGCUCCUCCUCUUCCCGCUCACACAUUCCAUGUCAUAGGCCCCGGGUGUCUUCCUUUUUUUUUUCUGGAGUACUUUAGUACUUAUUUAUACCAUUAAUAUAUAUGUAUGUAUAUAUAAUUUCAUAUUUGUUGUUUAACAUAACAUUAAAUUGGUGUUUUUUUUGCUAGCAAA